AUGCACCAAUGGGGCGGCGCGGCGCCGCGGCCGGGGGGGCUCCCGGCCAAUGGCGGCGCGGCGGGGGCCGCCCGGCAGCCAAUGGGCGGGCGCGCGGGGGGCGGCGCGGCUACAUGUUGCGGUGUCGCCAACGUGGGUCCGCGGCGAGCGGCUCGGGCCGGGCGGCAGCGGCGGCGGCUCCGACCCCGCGGCAGCGCACCGGGACCGGCCGGCGCCCGCCGAGCCCGAGCCGUGCGGCGCGGAGCGGCAGCGGGAGCAGCGGCGGGAGGCGCUUCCCGCGGCGGGGACGCCGACUCGACCCGCCCGGCAGUGCCCGGUGGAUGCCGGUGCCGUAGCGCCCCGCGGGGCCGGCGGCCGAGGCGAUGCUGCGGGCGGCGGAGCGGCGCUGAGCGCCCGCGGCGUGAGCGCUCCUGCCGCCUCCUCCCGCCGCGGACGUUCCCCGGUGCCGGAUACAAAAUGGCGCUGCCGUCACGGGCGGCGGCGGCGCUGCUGCUGCUGGGGCUGCUGCGCUCGGCCGCCGCCGGCUGCCCCGCGGGCUGCGCCUGCGGCGGGGACGCGCUGAGCUGCGGCGGGCUGGCGCUGCCCGCCCUGCCCCGGGACCUGCCCCGCUGGCCGCGGCACGUAAACCUGAGCUACAACAAGUUGGCAGAGAUUGAUCCUUCUGUCUUUGCAGAGCUGUUGAACCUGCAGGAAGUGAGACUGGACCACAACGAGCUGAGUGCCAUUCCCUCGCUGGGAUCUGCUGCUUCCAGCGUCCGCUCCCUGCACCUGCAUCACAACAGGAUCCGCAGCAUUGAAGGCAGUCGACUGCAGCCCUACGUUACCCUGGAAACGUUGGACCUGAGCUCCAAUGACAUCACGGAAAUCCGAAACGGCUGCUUUCCACAGGGACUUCACAUAAAGGAGCUCAACCUGGGGAGCAACAGAAUCAGCACCCUGGAGCCCGGUGCCUUUGACAGCCUGUCACGGUCCCUGCUGACGCUUCGUCUGAGUAAAAACAGGAUCACCCAGCUCCCUGUCAAGGCCUUCAGGCUGCCCAGGCUAAUACAACUGGAGCUGAACCGAAAUCGCAUCCGCCUGAUUGAAGGCCUGACGUUCCAGGGACUGGACAGCUUGGAAGUCCUGAAACUGCAGCGCAACAACAUCAGCAAAUUGACUGAUGGGGCUUUCUGGGGUCUAGCCAAAAUGCAAGUUCUCCACCUGGAAUAUAACAGCCUGACAGAAGUGAACAGUGGCUCUCUCUAUGGCCUUUCCUCUCUGCACCAGCUUCACCUCAGCAACAACUCCAUAUCCCGCAUCAACCCCGAUGGCUGGAGCUUCUGCCAGAAGCUGCAUGAGCUGAUACUCUCCUACAACAACCUAACAAGGCUGGACGAGGGAAGCCUGGCAGACCUCGGGGGACUGCACGUGCUGCGGCUGAGCCACAAUUCCAUCAAUCAUAUUGCAGAAGGUGCUUUCAGGGGACUCAAAAACCUACGUGUCCUGGAACUGGACCACAACGACAUCUCGGGCACAAUAGAAGAUACCAACGGAGCCUUUACAGGCCUGGAAAACCUGAGCAAGCUAACUCUGUUUGGAAACAAGAUCAAGUCGGUGGCCAAGAAAGCGUUCUCAGGGUUGGAGGCUCUGGAGCACCUGAACCUCGGGGACAAUGCCAUCCGCUCCAUCCAAGCCGAUGCCUUUGCCAGGAUGAGGAGCCUGCGGCAGCUCCACAUUAACAGCGACAGCUUCCUCUGCGACUGCCAGCUGAAGUGGCUGCCCCAGUGGUUGGUGGAGAAGGAGCUGCAGUCCUUUGUGGUGGCCACCUGUGCCCAUCCUGAGUCUCUGAAAAGCAAGAGCAUUUUUGCCAUCCAGCCAGAGAGUUUUGUGUGUGACGAUUUCCCCAAGCCACAGAUCAUCAUCCAGCCCGAGACGACGGUGGCUGUCCUUGGCAAGGACAUCCGCUUCACCUGCCUGGCCGCCAGCAGCAGCAGCUCCCCCAUGGUGUUUGCCUGGAAGAAGGACAACGAGAUGCUGCACAACGCCGAGAUCGAGAACUUCGCGCACGUGCGGGCCAAGGACGGGGAGGUGAUGGAGUGCACCACCAUCCUGCACCUGCGGCACGUCACCUUCGCGCACGAGGGCCGCUACCAGUGCGUCAUCACCAACCACUUCGGCUCCACCUACUCCAACAAGGCCCGACUCACCGUUAACGUGCUGCCAUCGUUUAUCAAAACUCCCCACGACAUCACGAGCCGGACGGGGACGACGGCGCGCCUGGAGUGCGCGGCCGAGGGCCACCCCACGCCGCAGAUCGCCUGGCAGAAGGACGGCGGCACCGACUUCCCCGCGGCCCGCGAGCGCCGCAUGCACGUCAUGCCCGACGACGACGUCUUCUUCAUCACCGACGUCAAGGUCGAGGACAUGGGGGUCUACAGCUGCACUGCUCAGAACUCUGCGGGCUCCGUGCUCGCCAAUGCCACCCUCACCGUGCUGGAGACACCAUCUUUGGUCCAUCCACUGGAAGAUCACGUGGUGUCCGUCGGUGAGACCGUGGCUCUCCAGUGCAAAGCCACGGGGAGCCCCCCGCCCCGCAUCACCUGGCUGAAAGGUGACCAGCCCCUGGUGGUGACAGAAAGGCACCACUUCACCUCGGGCAACCAGCUGCUGAUCGUGAGGAACGUGGUGCUGGAGGACGCGGGGAAGUACACGUGUGAGAUGUCCAACACGCUGGGCACGGAGCGCGCGCACAGCCACGUCAGCAUCCUGCAGGCGCUGGGCUGCCGCAAGGACCGCACCACCGUGGGCAUCAUCACCAUCGCCGUGGUCUGCAGCAUCGUGCUCACCUCCCUGGUCUGGGUCUGCAUCAUCUACCAGACCAGGAAGAAGAGUGAAGAGUACAGUGUCACCAACACAGAUGAGACUAUUGUGCCCCCUGAUGUGCCAAGCUACUUGUCCUCCCAAGGGACUCUCUCGGAGCGCCAGGAAGUGGCCAUUGGAGUGGACACCCAGCAGCCCAAUGGGCACAUUGACAGCAAUGGGAUGUGUCAGGCUGAUGUUGGAAGGUGUCCAGAUGUUGAAGCUCCUGCUGUAGGUUGUAGACAGCCCAAGCUGUGUAUCAGCUAUAAUAAAGACACUUGGAAAACUGAGGACAUGGCCGAUGGAAUGCUUGUUCCAGAGAAGACAGGCUACGGGCUGCCCGUGGUGUGCACGGAGUGCAGCGGCAGCACGGACAGCGUGAACGUCCACAUCUACCCCAAGGACUCGGAGAGCCUAAAGACUGUGGAGAACACCCACCCCAAUGCACUGAGCAGCAGGGAGCACCAUAGGAAGAGGGGUGCAGGCACCAGCCUUCUCCAUGCUCAGCCCUGCAAUGGGAUUGCCAGUGGCAAGAGGGUGGAAACAGACGGGACCCUGUACCCCAGCAACCACGACAGGAUAAGGCCGGAGGGCACGGCCGGCGCGCUGCUCGCGGACACGCGCGGCUCUUCACAAGCAGCAGCAAAGCCUUCAGAGCUUAACAACCUUAAUUUGGUGAGAGCUUCACCUGCAGGAGGGUCAUUAAAGCAACUGAACGUGCUUCCUGAAAUAUCCCCAGCACUACUGGAUCUGCAGAGGGAAGCAGAGGUGGAGCAGGCUCUCCUGCCCAACAGCACCACAGCCCAGCCCCGUGACUCCGCUCACGAGCCCAAGCUACCCAACAGGUCUCUGGACUGAGAGCACAGACUGGCUGCCAUGUGCAAAUCAACAAACACACUAUUACUUUUUUUAAAUUUUUUUUUUUUUUUUGCACAGAGUAUAUAGGCUACUUACUUCUACCUCGAAUCUUGAACUGAUGGCCUGGCAAAGGCAACCAACUGAGGUAUGAGAAACAAGCUUGUAUGGGGAACAAAGUCCUGUUCGAGCGUCACCUGAUUGUACAUAGUUUAAAACUUCCCUGAGAAGUAUGAAGUGUUCAAAAGUCAACUUGCAUAUGAAGCACAUAAAUGCAAGGGAUUAUUGUGUAAAGAGAAAAGUAUUUGAUACAAUUGUACAUAAGAGUUUUCAUAUAUAAAUAUAUAUAUAAAAAUA